CACACACCCUCCCCGAUCAAGUGUUUCUUCCUAUCUCUCAUUCCUCUCAUUUUCUCUUUCACUACUCAACUUUCUUGGAAAGUUUUAAUUUUCCUUAGAAAAUAUGGGGAGUCUAAGGAGUUUCUACAACUUCCUCGGGAGCUCAAAACCCUACUUUGCCAUGAUUUCCUUACAAUUUGGUUAUGCUGGCAUGAACAUCAUCACCAAAGUUUCGCUUAAUCAAGGCAUGAGCCACUAUGUACUGGUGGUUUAUCGCCACGCCUUCGCCACCGCCGUCAUCGCUCCUUUUGCAUUCAUUUUUGAGAGGAAAGCACAACCAAAGAUCACUUUCCCAGUUUUUAUGCAAAUUUUUGUCUUGGCUCUUCUUGGGCCUGUGAUUGAUCAGAACUUUUACUAUGCUGGAUUGAAACUCACUUCUCCAACUUUCUCAUGUGCAAUGAGCAACAUGCUUCCCGCAAUGACAUUUGUCAUGGCAGUCAUAUGCCGGAUGGAGAAGGUUGAUAUGAAGAAAGUGAGAUGUCAAGCAAAAGUGGCAGGAACCCUAGUGACAGUGGCAGGGGCAAUGUUGAUGACCUUGUACAAAGGUCCAAUUGUGGAGUUGAUCUGGACUAAACACAUUCAUCCUCACAAUACUACUUCUGAUACCACCAAUGAAAGUUCUGAUAAGGAAUGGCUCCUUGGCUCCAUCCUCCUCAUCAUUGCCACUCUUGCUUGGGCUUCUUUAUUUGUCUUGCAGACCAAAGCAUUGGAGACAUACAAGCAUCACCAGCUCUCACUAACAUCACUAAUUUGCUUUAUUGGGACAUUACAAGCAAUUGCUGUGACAUUUGUGAUGGAACACAAACCCUCUGCUUGGACAAUUGGGUGGGACAUGAACCUUCUUGCUGCUGCCUAUGCUGGGAUUGUGACAUCAAGCAUAUCAUACUAUGUACAAGGGCUAGUGAUCAAGAAAAGAGGACCAGUCUUUGCAACUGCAUUUAGUCCUCUAAUGAUGAUAGUUGUGGCAAUCAUGGGCUCCUUCAUCCUAGCUGAAAAGAUUUUUCUUGGAGGUAUAAUUGGUUCAGUCUUGAUAGUAAUUGGACUAUACUCAGUCUUAUGGGGCAAGCACAAGGAGAACCAAAGCAAGCAAGGUGAAGAGGAGAUUCUGGAUCCUGUAAAGGGUGUGAAAGCAAACGGUGCCGUUUUGAUGAUUGAAGACAUUGAAGCUAAUCAUGUUAAUCUGCAAAAAUCAGAAGCUAACAACAAGGUUGUGCCCACAAUGGUCAUCACAAUACCAAAUAAUAAUAAUAUCCCUGAAGUACCCUCAUUGAAAGCAAAGCAGCAGGAACCCUAAAGAGAUAUUUGGGUGGGUGGGGAUGGGCUUUCUGGUCAUUUUGUGUCCCCCACAUUUUGUUUUUACUAUAUUGAAUUAUAGGGUUUUGCUUGUAAUUUUUGUUCUGCUAUAUAUGAAAUGAAUAUUUCUAUAAGGAAGAAAUGUAAUGGAAAAUUUAGAGAAUCUCCCUUUUGAAA